AAGUUUCUGGAAUGCCGUCAUCACAUCCCGACGUGGAGGACUGAGCUCCGGCCAGCUCAGAGUGGGUCUGGCGUGCACGAAAGGCGGCGGGGAUGCGAGAUUCGAAAGCAGUCUGCCAAAGAACUUUCAUCAAGCAUUUUAUGACAAGCGGACUUUCUCUUUCAUGUUUUCCUGUCAUUACAUUGCAAGAUGUUGUUGCCAUCAUCAGUGCUGCUUAUUCUACUGGCGUCAGUACGCGCUGACAUCUGCAUUGGGACCCACUGCUCCCAGACCGGAGACCCGAGACCGUGCACCGGCGACCACUGCCCCGGCAGCAGGUCGUCCAGACCGGCGCGGCACUUGGGUACCGCAGCGGAAGUCCGUCCCGCCGCAGCAUGCAUGGACGAGGACUGCGUGAGACCCCCCACGUCCGUCAACCACACGCGGGAUUGCAAGGGGUUGGAGUGCAGGCUUCCGCUGCGGAUCAGACCCAGGGUCCGAGCGAGGGCAUGCGUGGGAGAGGGCUGCUCGGACGGGGCCGCUUCUGAGGAGAGCUCGCCGCCUGGAGCCGAGCAACUCCAUCCGGUGCAUCUGGCCGACAGAGCCGCGCAGUUUCUGGGAGACUUCCCCGAGUUUGGACAUCCGUCGCCGGAAGUUGUUGGCUCGCCUCUGGGGGUCCAGCUCACUUGUGACGUCAAACCAGGUGAAAAUGAGGUCCCUUCAGAGGACGCCCUCAUCCUCCACCUCCAGCUGUCCAAGGGUCAGGAGAAGCUGGUGGAGGCCUUGCGGGCGCAGCAGGUGCUCAUACGCGACCUGCAGCAGAAGCUCGCCGAGCAGCAGGAGGCACUCGUCUCCCAGCAGCGCCGCAUCCUGGAGCAGCAGGGGCGCAUGUACGAGCAGAUGGACACAGUGAAGGCGCAGUACGGUCUCCUGGUGGACACCGUCAAGCAGGUGUCCUUCCGGGGCCUGCAGGGGGAGCUGCAGGGCUACUUUGAGAGCCACCUGGCGGGUCUCCAGAGCCAGGCCCGCAGCCACCUGCAGAACGCCGUGCACAAAGCGGACGCCAAGGUGAUGGACGUCGUCGGCGAGGCGCAUAUGCCUCGGCUCCUGAUCGGCUGCCCCUCAGCCUGCGCGACGGAGCACUUCUGCGAUUUUCAGCGAGACCCUCCGCAGUGUGAGAAGUGCACCAUGUGUCCGCCUGGCUUCUUCCUCAUCUCCCAGUGCUCCCCCACUGCAGACACUAUGUGCCAGGACCGAGAUGAGUGUCUGGAGUUACCAAACAUCUGCGGUGAGCGAGUCAAGUGUCUCAACACGCCAGGAGGCUUCCGUUGUUUGGGCGUGUCGGCCAGAGAAGCUGAAAAAGGUUUCUGCGGCGAAGACUACUUCUUCAACCAGGAGCUUCAGGAGUGUCAAGCCUGCUCUGAUUGCGACGGACACGCCGUCGUCCUUUCUUGCACGGCUGUAACCGACUCCGUCUGUGCCACCCCCUCGGAAAGCCGCCUCUCCCAGUCCUGGAGCGCCAGCGUGUUGCUUCCGUCGGCCAGGAAGUCCAAAGGCCACGUCUUUCCUGGGCUACGACUGAGCCUGCGGAGCAAGGAGCGCAGUGACCUUCUGUCCGCCGAUGGCGGCCAGGUGACGUUCUUGCAGCACGGCCUGCUGUGGCUGGAUCACAACUUCGCCAUCAAGCACAGCUGCCGCAACUUCCUCCAAGUGGGGUUGAGGUUUAACGCCAGCCAGGAGGAGGAGGGUCAGGACCUGAGCGGCGUGCGUAUCGAGCAGCUUGAAGGGAAGUACUUCCAGGGGGUGAGCGUGAGCACCGGGCUGGAGGUGGAGCCUAACGACACGGUGAGCGUCCUCCUGAGGAGUCCCAAUCAACACUGCAACCAGAGCAAGGACGUUCACGUCUACGACAUGACCACGCCCACCUUCAGCCUACUCUGGUUGUCACAUGACACCGGCGCCGUGGCCUUGACUGCCGACUUGUCGCUAAUGGCCCACUACCAAGCCAACUACCGCCCGACCUUCCGCAUAACGUUCGUCUCCGACCCUUACAUGGUCGGCUUGACCCACGACAGCAGAGGCGUGCGCUUCACAGAGCGCGGCGUGGUAAAGUUUGUCCUCCAGCAGGCGCUCUACUCCAUGGGACAAACCUGCGUCCGAGAAGGCUUCUUCUUGAUCGCCUACUCCAGCCGCAACAGCACGGGCCAGGAGGCGGUGCAGGCCUUCAAGACGGGCGUCAACUACCGGGACACGUCCAUCACGCUCUCCGGCGCCGUGGCGGUGGGCGGCGGGGACACGCUCAGCUUCGAGAUCACGUCGCCGUCGCAGUGCAACGUCCGCUAUUUCGGGGACAGCACCGGCAUCAGCACGCUCAGCCUCGUCUGGAUCCCCUCGGCGGUAUCGUCCACGCUCACCGCCACCGUCGCCAAGGCAGGCCUGCCUCUCGGGGCAGUCCGGAACAAGCCGCUCACGUUCCAGCAGCUCUCGCCAGAUUCCCCUCAGGUGCGCUUGGCCCGCCCCGGUGAGCCGAAGAAGAACUUUGUGUUCCUCCAGCGAGGCACGGCUAACAUCGCCCUGAACCUGAGGCUCAUUCACUCGUGCAACAUCGUUAAACUGACGCUGCAGCGAAGCGGAAGUCCGGGUGGUCCCGUGGCCCAGCAGGUUUCUGGACACAUGCCGGAGGGGAGCGAGUGGGCCAGCGUGGGCUUGAGGGCCUCCUUCCAGGUUGAGAACGGCACCGCCAUCUACGUCACGCUGGACUGCAUCCGCGGACGCGUCAACCAGAUCACACACGAGGGCGCCACCAACAUUUCCAUCCUGUGGGUUGCUGCGUGAUGCCUUCAAGGACAAACCGUUUUUUUUGCACAAUUAAUGUUUCACAAGUUUACUGUGAAAGUACUGCUUUUAAUACUUUGGUUGAGCAGUGACCAAAUGUGUAUCUUUGAGUUUUUACGUACAUCCUUUCAUUUGUGCACAUAGUAAAUAGUCCAUACUGUAGUUGUAUGAUGGCUAUCGUGCUUUUUAUCUUUCUAAAUAUAUUUAUUUACGAAGCAAUGCUUUUGUAUUAGCCAGCCUGUGCUGUACGUGUAAAGAGAAAAAUAAAAUUAUAUUUUUCACAUAGAAA